CAUAAUACCUCCAUCUUCAAGCCAGCCAUCUUCUGCAGUGGUUUCAACCCCGGGAUGCACGCCUGCAAGCCUCAUGGGAGCCCCUAAUCCCCUCGUCACAGUCGAGCCCUUCCUGCCAGCGAUCCGCAGCCAUCCCGGUCCUGUGUACGAGUGUGGAGAAGGGGUCUUCCAACCCGUCCUCGCAGGCAAUUCAUCUUGCACUGGUUUUGGACCUAGAACAACAACGUGUCCCGAGAUCAUUUCAAACGACCGCAUCAUACCUCCAUCUUCAAGCCAGCCAUCUUCUGCAGUGGUUUCAACCCCGGGAUGCACGCCUGCAAGCCUUAUGGAAGCCCCUAAUCUCCUCGUCACAGUCGAGCCCUUCCUGCCAGCGACCCGCAGCCAUCCCGGUCCUGUGUACGAGUGUGGAGAAGGGGUCUUCCAAGCACCGUUUACAGGCGAGUACACUUGUAAUCCCAGCAACUGUCUCUCUGUGCCCGUUGUUCCAUAUUCCAGAAUUUCAAACACGCCAUCGAAUACCACGGUUACAAAUCCGGUGUUUAAUGAUACCUUGCUGAUUUAUUAUCAGAACGCUGGAGGAAUGAACUGCGACGUUACCAAAUACUACCUAGCAACAUCCGACGGCUGCUACGAUGUUGUAGUACUGACCGAAACCUGGCUUGAUCCCCGAACCACAUCCAGUUCGGUUUUCGGUCCCGAUUACGAAGUAUUUCGCUGCGACCGGAGCCCCAGAAACAGCCGCAAACUAACAGGUGGUGGUGUCCUCAUAGCUGUGAAGAAGACACGCAGGGUCACCAAUAUCCAAAACGACCUAUGGGGAAGCGUCGAGCAAGUGUGGGUUCGUAUCCAGCUGUCAAACCGCUCUAUCUUCCUUUGCGGAAUCUACUUCCCGCCAGAUCGUAUACGUGAUGAAUCAUUGAUCGAUACGCAUAACCUGUCUAUUAUGUCAGUUGUCGAAACUGCCUCAGCUACGGAUGAAAUCAUCGUCAUUGGGGACUUCAACCUACCUGGAAUUUCAUGGCGGUCGUCCUGCAAUGGGUUUCUCUAUCCCGACGUCGAACACUCCUCUAUACACAACGGUGCUUCCAAACUCCUCGAUUGUUACAGUACCGCUACGUUAAGACAGAUUAAUCAAGUGACUAAUGAAAACAACCGCUGUUUGGAUUUAUGUUUCGUUAGCGCUCAAGAAGAAGCUCCAGUUAUUAUCGAGGCUCCGUUACCUUUGGUCAAAGAUGUCAAUCACCACAAAGCGUUAGUUAUCACACUCCAUGAUCACCAGAUUAGCUUGGCGCAAUCGAUCAGUUCGGUUUUUUACGAUUUUCGUAAAGCCGACCAUCAGAGCAUUAUCGAAUACCUGGCAGCUAUUGACUGGAACGAUGUUCUCGAUGAACGUGACGUGGACAUUGCAGCGCGGACUCUCUCGCACAUUCUGGGACAUAUCGUCGAUAGGCAUGUGCCUAAAAAGAUUCGCGCCAACAAUGACCAUCCAUGGAUAUCUCGCGAUCUGCGCAGGAUGAAGACAACGAAACGAGCAGCACUUAAGCGUUAUUCGAAAUACCGGACCUUCUCUCUCCGUGAGCACUAUACCAGACUGAACUCGGCGUACAAGGUCGCUAGUCGUCUGUGUUUUAAUCGAUAUCAGCGCAAAAUUCAGCAAAAUCUGAAGUCCAAACCGCAGGAGUUUUGGAGGUUCGUGAAUGAGAAGAGGAAAGAAUCUGGUCUUCCUACGACGAUGACUUUGGACGAAAAUGUGGCAUCCACACCAGACACUAUUUGCCAGCUUUUUGCAGAAAAGUUCUCCAGCAUUUUCUGCAAUGAAACUCUUCCGGCAGCGAUUCAUUGGCGUAGCUAG